CUGAAGGUUCGAAUCGCUGACAGACGCAUCCAUUAACGAAGUGAACUGUUGCCGAUAUUCCUGAAACGGGCUCGUCCGACCAGCGGAAUCAGAGAAGUAAAACAGACGCUGGCCGUUUAACAAGCGACAGCCCGGGGUCCACCGCCAUGGCGCUCAUCUCUCUCGAAGACCUCGAGUCGUUGGAGGACGAGCAGCUGGACGAUGACAUCACCGAUAGUUCAGAGCCGAUGGAUGCUGAGCAGACAGACCGACUGCUAGCGCACUGGCAGGCGGUCGGCAGCACGCAUCAGGUGUCUGUCCCUCCAGAAAUGACUGGACCCAUCCACGAAAUGACCCGAAAUAGCCAGCAGAGGGAAACUGUCCCUUGUGUCCCUGUCACCUGCCAUGAGAAGAUGGGAGAGGUGAUGUACCAGGAGCGUGUAUACCCCGCGGGAAAGUGGGCCUGUGUGACGGACCAGGAGUCGCUCUAUGAGCAGAGCAUCUCCAUGAGCUUCAUGAAGUUGAUGCGCUUCAUCUGCAAGGAGAACUCAGCCGGCCGGCACCUCGGCAUGACGGUUCCAGUCAUCAGUCAGAUUCACCUGAUGGAGGACGGGAAGACGUUUGAUAAGAAGGUUCUGACGGCGCUCUACCUGCCCUCCGAGUUCCAGAACAAUCCACCACAACCAUUCCACCCGGACAUCACCAUCGUCGAAAGGGAGCCAAUCCGAGUCAUCGCCAGGACGUUCCACGGGACCACAACCGAAGAGACAAUCACAGAGCAGAUCCGACAGUUAUGGGAAAUCCUCGGCCAGUGCGACGACGUGCAUCCUGAUAAUUACAUCGUCGCCGUGUUCGAGAAUCCUGGCAUUCCCCGUCGCCGGAACGAGAUCUGGUUCAUCAGACGGAACCAGUAGGAGGCGACCUUCCUCUGCACCUCUGGGUUCUUCUUCUUUGUUCGCUUGGUUGUUGCACCAAAGUCCGUCACGUUGCCAUGGAAAACCCGCCCCGACUUUGCUCUUCAAACGUUCUGUAACCCUGCACUGCCUUUUAAUCCAGAGUCCAUGAAUCAAAAUGGUAUUCCUUAAGACUUUUUGGUCACGUGAUCUCGUGGUAAAAUCUGUUGACUCUGUAAUUUUCUGUCCAACUUUGAAUGGUUUCUAAUAAAGUUUGUUGUCAGAUAUGACA